GUGAUCCAACGCCUCAAACUCCUUGUUCUUGGCGAAGCGAGGCCGCCGAGAUAACAGAGCGACCUGCCUUUUCCCUCCGUAGAGCAGGUCGGCAACCGUUUAAAAGGCGCAGCCUUUGUUUAAGUCCUAGGUGACCCCUUUCUAUCCCGUUUUUCUUUCCCCGUUGUAUUUUGAGAACGAUGGCGGCGAGUGCAAAACGAAAACAAGAUGAGAAACACCUGAAGAUGCUGAGAGAAAUGACGAGUUUGGCUCCCAACAGAAGGUGCUUUGACUGCGACCAGCGCGGCCCGACCUAUGCCAACAUGACUGUGGGCUCCUUCGUGUGCACCUCCUGUUCUGGCAUCCUGCGAGGACUGAAUCCACCCCACAGAGUCAAAUCCAUCUCCAUGACAACCUUUACGCAACAAGAAAUCGAGUUCCUACAGAAACAUGGAAAUGAGGCAUGUAAACAGACGUGGCUUGGCCUUUAUGAUGACAGAACCUCCUCAAUACCAGACUUCAGAGAACCACAAAAAGUCAAGGAGUUCCUUCAAGACAAAUACGAGAAGAAGCGAUGGUUUGUCCCUCUUGAGCAAGCCAAGGCAGUGGCAUCAGUCCAUGCUUCCAUCUCUGGCUCCUCAAACAGCAGCACCAGUAGCACCCCAGAGGUUAGACCACUUAAAUCCCUGCUGGGGGAGUCAGCCCCCUCCAUUCACCUCAACAAGAACACCCCGCCGAAUCAGUCUCCAGUGGUAAGCCGUGGACAAACCCAUCAGCAACACCUCCAUGAAAAGAAGUUUGACCUCCUCAGUGACUUGGGUGGAGACAUCUUUGCUGCCCCGCACAAUGUCAAUGCAGCCACCACCUCCAGUUUUGCUAACUUUGCACAUUUCAACAGCCACACAACAGCACAGAAUGCCAACGCAAAUGCAGAUUUUGCAAAUUUUGAUGCAUUUGGGAGCACUUCUGGGUCAUCAGGUGGUUUCUCCUCCGCACCCCAAGCCCCAUUCCAACUCUCAAAUACAGCGUUCACUGUACUUUCAUCCAGCCGCAGUGUGGGUGAGUUUGCUGCUGCUCUGCCUCUCCAGGGUGCUCACAGAGGUAUUCCAGGGGUGACAAGCUCAGCCACUGCAACUGGAGUGGGUGGUUUGCCUCAGAAACCCCCAGCAAUGUCUUCUGGGGGGGAUCGCUAUGCUGCUUUAGCUGAGCUUGAUACUGUGUUUAGUUCCUCAGCCCCUGCCACCAGUGUGUAUAAUACUGCCAGCACGUCACAAGGGAGUGUGUUUGGCUCAGAGACUGGGGUGUCAAAAGCACAAACUCAGCAGGUUCUGCCUGGCAUGGUUCAGGGUUUUGGAGCUCAGUCAACUAAUCCAUUUAUGGCUCCUGGCAUGGCCCCUACACCGCCUCCCACCAACCCAUUCCAGAGUAAUGGUAGAGCAGCAUCUGUGGCAGCAGCAGCAGCAGCAGCAGCAGGCGUUAGGGUUCUUCAUGGGCAGGUUUACCCUCCUACCUAUGCAUCAUUUGGGACAGGUUCCAUGAGUAUGCCUGCUGGAUUUGGGAAUCCUGCAGGCUUCAACCUUCCCACCAGCUUUAGUGGAACCUUCCAGCAACCCUUUCCAGGCCAGGCUCCUUAUCCUCAGCCUCCUGCCUAUCCCCAGCAACCUAAUGGUGGAGGAUUUCCAGCCUUUGGCCAGACCAAGCCUGCUGUGAUUCCUUUUGGUCAGGCAGUGGGCGGACCUAUGGUUUCCAGUAACCCAUUCCUGGGUUCGGGUCCAUCUGCACAGUAUCCAGCAGGAGGCUCUUCAACAAAUCCCUUCUUAUAGCAUUCCGUUCAAUCAGCUGCACUACAGGGUCAACAACUGGCAUGCUCGCACUCUUUUGUUUCAAAAAGUAGCUUUAAAAUCACAAUGUUUGUAAGACUUUGUUUUCUUUUUUUUAUAUUGAGUUUGUCAACAGUGGAAUAAGGUGAAUAAGUCCUGCUGACACUACCUAAGGCUACAAAACAAAGUGAUGGUGUGUGCAGAGGUUGAUCCCUCCUCUCCAUUUCACCUGUGAUCUGGCCUGGCUUUUACUGAGCCACAAUGUAUAAUCAAACUGGC